CGCGCCCUUGGCAUCUCCCCACUCACGGCCCCUCUCACACACGUGCCGAUGACAACUCAGUGAUCCUCGCGCCUUUUCCUCCUUGCUUUCUGUUUUGUUUUGUUUUGGCGCCCAUCGAUUUGUUGGUCAUUGUCCUCUCGGUGUGGUGGGCCGGUAACAAUAAUGGCUGAACAUCUCGGCAAAGACGCCAAAACGUAUGCCGAUGAAUAUUCGUCUUUUUGCCGGGAACUAAAAUCCUUUCAUGACAUCAGAGGGACGAGUUUCAACAAACUUCCACGUCUCCACGGUCAUGAAGUUGAUUUAUAUCUUCUCUACUCACUCGUCACUUCGCACGGCGGAUGGGAAAAGGUGAACGUACACGGCGAAUGGGAAUCUCUGCUUCCCUACUUUGGCAUUCACCGGUUAUGCGCCAAUGGACCAAUUGCUUUGAAGCAAAUUUAUAUAAGAUACCUGGAUGUUUACGAGAGGAUACACUUUUUGGGCGAAGAAGUUGAUCGACGCGAGUCUGAACAUCACGAAGAGGAUGACGCCCGCAACCGACGUAAAGCCCUUCGACUUCUUCAUGCCACUCCGACGUCUUAUAAUGCUGCGCAGCACGUUAUCCCAGAUCACGUGCGAAACACAGCUGGGUUGUCGACUGAUGGGAUACAGGUUACACCGACUGAGCGAGUGUUCCUCUCCCUUCUAUGUCCUCUACCCAACGAGCAAGACUUCGCCAUCAAUGUUUGCAGUCUUCUUGCAAUGGAAAGCCGAAGACCGUUUCCCCUCCAUCAGUGUCCCCGCAUCGUCGAUGCUCUACUAGCACACGCUGGAAUCUUUUCGCAAGUUGACAUCCGAGAUCUAUUCACGGAUAGUUACCGAAAAUUUCGUGGGCAGAACCUCGGCCGAUUUUGGCGUGAUGUUGUCCCGGAUGCUGACAUUGUACAAUUGUCUGAAGAAGAUUUAGUGGUCACACCAGACGAUGUUACAGCUGUAGUGGGCCCGUAUUGGGAUCACCGAUCUGUUCAUACAGCGUCGAGUGCUAUUGGAGAGGCUGAUUCAUCAAGGACUCUACCGUCAGAUCUUCUUCCAGAAGAAAAUGGCAGUACAUCUGCAACAAACAAAGUGCAUCUGGUCGUACGCCCAUUAGGUAGUGAGAGACCCAUCAGAUCAGUGACCUUAAAUUCCAGAGGGGACGAACUUGAAUCAACAUUGAUUGAAGAAGGAUCAACAUUAAUUGAGGAAGAGUCUCAGUGUAGUGUCAUGUUAUACGAAAAUGGAACGGGUCCAUUGUCAGCCUCAGGAUCUGAUGUGGUUUCGGCUACUAGUCCGCCAAACGUGGAAAGAGUGCCCAGUUGUGAGCCAAACUUCAAAAAUUGUUUGGCAAAAUCAGCCAAUAGCCCCAUAGAACCUGCCAGCGACGUUGCAGUUCCUGGAUAUUUACAAAAUGAUGAGAAUCUUGUUGCCUCCUUUGCCCAAGACGAUUUUGCUGUCGAACCAUCUCGGAGUAUUCAGCCGACCGACGAAGAUUUCGUUUGUGAGGAUAUUUCUGCUGCUGCUGCGCAGGAAUCUUCUCAAGAUGCUGAAUCGCACACCAAACCAGAUUUAUCACAUGACGGCAUCGCUCCACCAAUUACCGAGUCCAACGCCGCUUUCGAGUUGGAAACACCUUCACAAGCGGAGACCAAUGUGGAGAGGAAAGUCGUUGCUCCCAAAAACAAAUUGCCAGUUGCCAUUCAAAAACCAGAUAAUCCACGUGCCAUCCGCUAUUGGCUGGAUCAACGCAGAGCUGCUCGAUGUCCCGUCGAACAGCCUCCAAUUAAACAGGACGAUCCUGUGCUACAAUUAGAACCAGAGGAGUUGGAUCUAUUUCAUGUUGGUCGGGAUCAAGGUGUUCACGAUGCUCUCGGUCAAAGAGUUUUACAGGUUCUUAAUGUCAUUCGCAAUUUGAGUUUUGAUGAUGUCAAUUCGGCUGUAUUAGCUCAAAGCGAAGCUUGUAUGCGACUUCUUCUUUUGGCUGCUCAUGCCAGGUGGUCUUGUCUACCACAGUUGGCCUUCGAUGCCAUAUCAAAUGUCGCAUUAGAGGUCAAUUUAAAGGAUCCCGCAGAUUGUUCGCUGUCGGCCAUUCUUUUGGGGACGGUCACACGAGGAUUGGAGUCAAACGACCGUUUUAUUGUACUCCGUUGUAUGGAAACUUUAGGUCGUUUGGCCCAACGCAGUGAAAAUGAGCUGCUUUUGAUGUCGUCUCUUGAUUCUCACGUUUAUGAAAAACUGUGCUCCUAUUUAACUAUACCUGAUGUUGCAUUAUUAAUCUACACAUUGGAGUGUGUUUAUGCGUUGUCUUCUCUUGGCCAAGCCACUUGCAAUGCCUUCCUGCAUUGUCAAGGAGCGUUGGAUAUUUUGAUUUCCCUCCUGACUGUCGAGGCUCAGAGCUAUGGAUCUAAAGCAAGGAUUCUUAUGAACGUAGUUGAGACAGUUGCCGAAGGUGACACGGUGGCCACGCAUGCGCAGUUGAAUCCAAUUCACUGUGUGGUUCGCCCUACCCACUCACACAGCCCAGCACCGAGUGCCCCAUCGACUCCGCCGCCGAUGCUACUACAGCCUGUUGCCGCUUCUGUUCCGCAAUCACCAAACUCUCUCACCAAAAUCCUGCCAAAAGCAAAUGCCAGUUCUAGGCCCAGCACGCCAACCCAAUCGAAACCCAUUGUUGCCAGUAUCAGUCACACAGAGAAAGAACAAAUUGCUAUGCAAUGGUUAAGGACUACGUUUGAGCCCGUCGUUGGAGCACCAAGUAUAGAACAAAACGUGCUGUAUAGGCAAUAUACGGCUGGAUGCUCUAGAAAUGGACCAAAGCAGGUUUUGGGGAUCGUUCAGUUUUUCUCCUGUGUUAGAGCAACAUUUGGUCAAAACGUCGGGCCAUUUCGGAAACAAGUUGGCAGUGCCGUCGAAUUCUAUUUCGAAGGAAUGGCGUCAAAGACCGCUUCAACUGCUGUUACGAGUGCCCCGACAAAUGCAGUGGUGCGUUCGCCUACACCCACGCCGAUUCCUAUCGAAGUACCUGGUUCUCCUAUACUGAAAGCCCAACUCUGUGCUCCACCAAAAGUCAAUAAUAGGAAAGAAGCUCCGAAGCAGUCGUUGGCACAUCCUCAUUUAUCUCAAGCGUUAGGUCAAGGUGGUAUGUCGCUACCUGAAACGAGUCAGGUUGCGACAACUGGUAGCUCAGUACCACCGUCGUCUUCCUUGAUCAAAUCCCUCUUGGCCAAUAAGGUACCGGACAAUAACAGCCAGUCCGCCAAUCACGUGGCUACUUUGGGCCUUUCGCCCACUGCGACGGCAUUGCCCGGCAUGACUAGAAUACCUUGCAUGAAUUCGCACGGUAGUCCCGUUUCUUCUAAUCAGAUAGUAAAUCAUCCCCUUUCAGGCGCUAUCGUUCUUCAGGUUGCUCAGAGACAGCAGCAACAGAAACUUCUACAACAGCAACAACAACAACAACCAGCUGCAGUGAAUGGUCCAUCCAAAGAAAGUCAGACGAAUGUCAAAGGCGCACAAGUUACCAUUAACACCCCAAAAAUGAACGGAGUAUGCCCGGAGAUGGAACAAAACUCAGUUGUGACUGAAUCCCCUGAUGGUAAAGGCAAAGGAAUGUUAGCUGAUCUGUUGGAACGAGAAGUGAAAAAAGAAUCAGUCAACGGUGCUACUACUUUGGCCGGCAAAGAACUUCGUAUCAGUGACAAUGGACUAGAGUUGAUUCAGAAUGAUCCUCGAAAUCGUGUUGCUGUCGACAUGGGAGUUGUGGGGAUGAACGACUUUGGUGUCGACUUGGGAGAUGGCGUUGCUGCCCCGAAAGCUGCUCAUCUCAUUGCACAGGUUGACGACUCUGGACACGUUCAAAUUCAUCUAGAGGAAGAAGCGGGCACUGCUGUUUGUAAUGGCCAGUCAUUAUUGGACCAGUUGGAAGCUUGCGAGGUUUCAUCGUCCUCCGACGAAAUUGUGGCAAGUCAAACGUCGAAAGCGAUCAAGCGACCGGCCAGUCCUACGGAAACAAAUGACAGUUCUGCUCCGAAAAAACCUACGAUGAAUCAUGUGACUUCAAAGCUCAACGAAAACUCUGGAGGAAUUUCCGAAAAACCUUCUGAAAUAACUUUAGCCGAACAGAAUAAAGAUUCGGCUGACAAGAAUAAAGAAAAAAUCACAAUCAAUGGAAACGUUAACGGCAUUGUCGAGACGACCAACACAAUAACAAUUAAUAGUACAGCAGUAGUACCUCAAAUCCAACCAGCCGUGGUUUUGGGGCCGAACACACCUAGGACUUUUCUAAUUCUUCAACAGCAAACUCCACAGCAAGCCAGGCUUGGUUUUCCCCAACAGGGCCAGCGCCUGCUAUUGGCCAUUCAACGCCCAGGUGGAGUGAUUCAACACGUUGCUAUGCCUGCCAACGUCGUGGCCAUAACUUCCAGUCAGUUGCAAGCUAACGGAGCUGUUGUUAGCCUGUCAAGCUCAGGAGGAACCAACAGUGUGACCACUGUACAUCAACAUUCUUCGGCUAACAGCGGACAAGCGCCGUCUUCGAGUGGUGUUAGUCUCAUUGCCAACGGUAGCUGUCUUCCAGUGUCCACGGCUAUCCUUUCGUCGUCAGCUCAACCCAUCACCGUGACUAGUUCUGUCCCUAGUGUGGUUACAACCUCUUCAAUGGAAGGCGUAGUCACUUUCUCCGGUGGAGCCGUCGCCUUUCCAGCCCGACCAACAGAGAAUGCAUCACGCAGUUCCAGUGUAGCAGAAAGUCAUGUUACCAUCACACCGGUUCCGGCCUCUUCGAUCGUGAACUCUGUAACUUCAACGCCAAUCGUAACGACAUCACCCACAGCGUCGCCGGCCACCGUUGUACCCACCAAUGCCGGCGCAACUCCAGGUUUCAAAAAACGAACUAAUAGCAUUGAAGCAGCAAAACCCCGCGGGAGACACAUGAAAAGCAAAUCAACCGACUGUCAACCAGUAUCAUCUCCCAGUCCACAACCUAUCGAUCCGUCUUUACAAUAUCUUUGCGAAUGGAAAGAGUGCAUGAGGUCAUUUAAAACGCCCCACGAAGUUUACGUUCACGCUUGCCAAGUUCACUGUCCAGUUCACGUGGAGGAAUUAGGGUGCUUAUGGGAACGCUGUGACGGUCUCAAAAGACGGAGAUUUUCAAUGAUGACGCAUCUCAUGGAUCGUCAUUGUAACGACGAGAUGCAGAGAUUGUUAGCAGCACGACGACAUCAAAUGAAUACGCAGGGCAAGACAGACAUUCCCGCGCCACAAGCUCCUACUCCUCAUCCUGGAUAUGCACCUCACGCAGCAUUGCAUGCUAUUAAACGACACGCAGUUGAACUGAUGAACCAAAAAGAACAGGAAGAAAAAGAAGGGCCAGUAACCAAAAGUAUUCGAUUGACAUCAGCCCUUAUUCUCCGUAAUAUCGCCACACACUCCGCAUUGGGAAGGAGGAAUCUCCAACGUUACGAGAAUCAUUUAGCGAGUGUUGCCUUGAGCAAUGUGGAGUCAUCCCGAACUGUAGCGCAAAUUUUGUAUGAACUAACCCACCAAUGCAGCUAGGGAUUUCUGGCUUGAAACUCGUAUCUGGAAUCAAUGCGGUUUUUACUGAAUUAUUUUUUAUUAUUAUUAUUUUUUACUGAUUUUUGAUUCAGAAUGCGAAUGAAAUUACUGAUACAAGGGGUCUGACAUAUCAUUCCCAGCUGACGUCACCGACAGUCUAAUCUCGUCCCGAUUUUUUAAUAUUUACCUUUGUCUUCGUUAUGUUAGCUUUAAAGUGGUUUGCACUUCAUCCUUUUCCUUCAGCGCUUAUUUCUUUUUUUCAAUGUCUUGUGAAUGAGUGGUCUGAUUUCGAGUUGAUGAAUUUUGAUGUUUCAUGUAAUCGCUCCUCGUCCGAGUCACAUGUGCGACAGAAGUUGAUCCCAGAGUUUACACAAAAAUCGAUUGCGCUGCCUUUUUGUUCUCUCCUUUGAACUUGAAAAAGAAGAACAAGUGUCUUUUCUAUUAAAACAAGUUACGAACGAUCA